AUGGCUUUCAGACUCUCUACAGGUGUAUUCGGCGGUGUGAGACAGGCUUUUUUAAGCGGUCGCGCUGGAGCAGCCGCACCAUUGGCCAGAAGAAUGGCGUCCACCAAGACAAUGACAGUUAGAGACGCUUUGAACAGCGCUAUGGCUGAGGAAAUGGACCGUGACGAUGACGUGUUCAUUAUCGGUGAAGAGGUUGCACAGUACAACGGCGCAUACAAGGUCACGAAGGGCCUCCUUGACCGCUUCGGCGAACGCCGUGUUGUCGAUACUCCAAUUACAGAAAUGGGGUUCACAGGUCUUUCUGUGGGUGCCGCUUUGAAGGGCCUCAAGCCUAUUGUUGAAUUCAUGUCUUUCAACUUUUCCAUGCAGGCCAUCGACCAAGUCGUCAACUCUGCCGCUAAGACUUAUUACAUGUCUGGUGGUACACAGAAGUGUCAAAUCGUGUUCAGAGGUCCUAACGGUGCUGCUGUUGGUGUGGGUGCCCAGCACUCCCAAGAUUUUUCUGCCUGGUAUGGUUCUAUUCCUGGUAUGAAGGUGCUGGUUCCUUACUCUGCUGAGGAUGCCAGAGGUUUGUUGAAGGCUGCCAUCAGAGACCCCAACCCAGUGGUGUUCUUGGAAAACGAACUGUUGUAUGGUGAAUCUUUCGAAGUUUCCGAGGAGGCCCUGUCCACCGACUUCACCUUACCUUACACUGCUAAGGUUGAAAGAGAAGGGACCGACAUUUCGAUUAUCACCUACACUAGGAACGUUCAAUUCUCGUUACAGGCUGCUGAAAUCCUUGACAAGCAGUACGGUGUCUCUGCUGAAGUUAUCAACUUGCGUGCUAUUAGACCUAUGGAUGUUAACGCCAUCAUCAAGACUGUCAAGAAGACCAACCACCUCAUCACUGUUGAGUCCACUUUCCCUAACUUUGGUGUUGGUUCUGAGAUUGUCGCUCAGAUCAUGGAGUCUGAGGCUUUCGACUACUUGGAUGCCCCAGUUAAGAGAGUCACUGGUGCUGAUGUUCCAACUCCUUACGCCAAGGAGCUGGAAGACUUCGCUUUCCCAGACCCUGACGUUAUUGUCAAUGCUGUCAAGAGCGUGCUAUCAAUUGAGUAA